AUGGCAGUAUCGGCAGCUGCUGCGUUACUCGAUGAACUUAUGGGGAGAAACCGGAACGACGGUCCGAACGCUCAAAAGAAACCUGUACAUUGGGAAGAUCCUGAGUUUUGUAAAUACUUUAUGGUUAAAUUUUGUCCUCACGAUCUAUUUGUCAACACCCGUGCUGAUCUUGGAGCUUGCCCAAAGGUUCACUGCGAAGAGGCUAAAACACAAUAUAAUGAAGCUAGUAGCCGUUCCAAAAUACAAUAUGAAGAUGAAUUUGUGGCAUUUGCUACUAGUUUAUUAAAUGAUGUUGAGCGCCGCAUCGAAAAAGGGAAACAAAGGUUGGAGCUUAUGAAUAAAACUGAAACGCCGGUGUCCCAUUCUAAUAGCCAAAGUCAGAAAAACCAAGAGCAAAUUAAAUUAUUGUCAGAAAAAAUUAAUGGGUUAGUGCAAGAAGCUGAACAAAUGGGUACACGUGGUCAUGUUGAAGAAGCUCAGGGACUUAUGAAGCUUUGCGAUCAAUUAAAAGAAGAACGUGAUACAUUAAGAAAGCAAAAUGAAAGCAUUCAUUGGUCACAAACAUAUGAACUAGCUGCUGCUCAAGAAAAACAAAUGGAAGUAUGUGAAGUUUGUGGAGCUUUUUUAAUUGUUGGCGAUGCUCAGUCCCGUAUUGAUGAUCAUUUGAUGGGAAAACAACAUAUGGGUUAUGCUCGAUUAAAAAAUGCAGUGAAUGAAAUACAGGAGCAAAGGAAAAAAUAUCUAGAGGAAAGAGAAAAACUACGUGAAGAAGAAAGAAAAAAACGCAUGGACCGUACUAGGAGUAAUUCUAAAGACGUUGACAGACAUAGUCGUAAUGCUAACAAUGACAAGAGAUCUAAAAGCUCUAGAGACCGAUCCCAUCAUAGAAUUGAUAGAAAAUCUGAACGACAUGAAAGAGAAAGACGGAGAAGUAGAAGCCGCAGUGAUCGUCGUUCUUCCAAUAGUCAUAGGCAUAGAGGGCACAAUGGCAACAGUCGGAGAGAUCACUAG